AUGCUCAUGCCGGGGUUUCGGAUGGAAGCAGCAGUCCCAGCUCAUAUUUACGCAUUCCCCUUCGAACCGAAUCCUAACUGGAGCUCCUUCUACGCUGGCGGCGCUGAGAUUCUCCAGUACAUCAAGGACACCACAAAGAGGUACGGUUUAGCCGACAAUAUCCAGUUCAAGGCCGAACUGACUUCAGCCGUCUGGGAUGAUGCGAAUGGCAAAUACCAUUUCAAGCUGGUCAAGGACGGCGGCAGAACAACGGAGGAGGACACCUUUAAAGGCAAGUUGGUCCACACGGCCGACUGGGACGAAUCUAUUGAAUGGAAAGGGAAGAAUGUAGCGGUCAUUGGCAACGGCUCCUCAGGCAUCCAGGUGGUUCCCGAGUUGCAGCCUGCCGCUGCCAAGCUUGUCAACUACAUUCGAGGGCCGACGUGGAUCUCGCCAAAUAUGGCUGCCGAGUUUACCCCCGACGGCAAAAACUUUGCGUUUUCAGAAGAGGAGAGGAAGAAGUUCAAUGAGAGCCCGGAGGAGCUUCGGAAGCUGCGCAAGGACAUCACUCACGGCUUCAAUAAACUCUUCCAAAUGCUGCUGGACGGUAGCGAAGCGAACAAUGCCGCCCAAAAGGUGUUCAGAGAGCAGAUGGAGGAGCGUCUGGGGAGAGACCCUGAGCUCUGCGCGAAGCUCAUCCCUACCUACAAGGCUGGAUGCCGACGCUUGUCGCCGGGCGAGGGUUAUCUCGAAGCUCUCCAGGAGCCCAAUGCGAGGAUCGAAUUCGGUCAAAUCAAGGAAAUCACAGCGACAGGCAUUACCACCACAGACUCGAGCGAUGACUUUGACAUCAUCGUCUGUGCUACCGGCUUCAACACCAGCUUCAUUCCGCCGUGGCACAUGGUAGGCAAAGGCGGCGCGGUGCUUUCCAAGCAGUGGGAAGACCAUCCAGAAGCAUACAUCGGAGCCUGCGUGUCGAAUUUCCCCAAUUUCUUCAUCUUCACCGGCCCUAACAGCCCGGUUGCGCAUGGAAGCCUGAUUUCGGUUAUGGACUGGACGGCCAACUACAUCGGGCAGUGGUGCAAGAAGAUUGCUAUGGUUGAUAUCCGGUCCGCUACCGUCAAGCAAGAGGCGUCUGCAGAGUACAAUGAAUACACGCAAGGGGUCCUGAAGCGUACUGUAUGGACAUCGGGCUGCCGAUCAUGGUUCAAGAAUGGCACCGUGGACGGCCGCGUGUUUGCCAUGUACGGCGGGAGUGUUCUACACUACAAGGCGUUGACGGAGAGCUCCAGGACGGAGGACUUUGAGCUUGAAUACUGCAGCAAAAAUCGGUUCCGGAUCAUGGGCAACGGCCUCACUUCUCGCGAGGUGAAUCAAGAGGACCUGGCAUUUUACGUCGAUAAGUAA